AUGCGUUUCAGCAAGUCUCUCAUCAUCAUGGUCGCAGCCACGAUGGGUGCCAACGGUGCUCCCUUCGGCGAGCAAAGCGGCUUGACGCAGUCCAACGCGCUGGCGGCCCGACAGGCCCCUGCCGCUGCUCCUCCCGCAGUCCCGGCCGUGGUUAAGGCCGACAAGGACGAUAACAAGGAGGGCGACAAGAACGGAGACAAGAAGGGCGACAAGAAGAGCGAUAAGAAGGAGAAGGAGAAGGGUGACAAGAAGGGCGACAAGAAGGGUGAUAAGAACGGGGACAAGAAGGAGGGCGAGAAGGAGAGCGACAAGCCCCGCGAGGGCGGCGAGACUGGCGAGGGCGACCGCAGCAACAGCGACCGCGAUGGUGAUCGCAACGGCGGCCGCGAUGGCGACCGCGAUGGCAACCGAGGUGGAGGCCGAGGAGGCCGCGACGGCGACCGCGACGGCGAUCGUGAUCGUGACUGCCGCAACGGCAUCGAGGGCCGCACUCGCAACGGCGAUCGCUGCUGCGUGCGAUUCGACGAUCGCGGCAACAGCAACCGCGACGGAGACCGCGAUCGCGAGUGCUACAUCGACGGCGACCGCAACGGAGGUGGCCGUGGCGGCCGGGACGGCGAUCGUGAUGGAGACCGUGACGGCAACCGUGGUGGUGGCCGGGGUGGCCGCGACGGCGACAGACGCCCUCCCCCUCCUCCUGCCGGUCCGGCCUUCCCCGCCCCCUUCCCCGUCCCCGGCCAGCCUCCCAGACCCGGCUUCGGCGCUCCUCCCCCUCAGCCCGGCUUCGGCCCCGAUGGCGAGCGCGAUGGUGUCAUGAAGGCCAACUAA